GGGGGGAGGAGCCUCGGGGGCGGGGCCUGGGGUCGAGAGCAGAAACCCCGGGGCGCGAUCCCGCCUGACCCAGCUGAGUGCAGCCGGAGACCCUGCUCACUACUGACCAGCAUGUCCUUCGUCGCGGUGGCCGAGGAUUCGGACUUCCCCAUCCACAACCUGCCCUACGGCGUCUUUUCCACCCCAGGCAACCCAAGGCCAAGGAUCGGCGUGGCCAUUGGUGACCAGAUCCUGGACCUCAGUGUCAUUAAGCACCUCUUCACGGGGCCUGUCCUCUCCAGACACCAGGAUGUCUUCGAUCAGCCCACCCUCAACAGCUUCAUGGGCCUGGGUCAGGCUGCCUGGAAGGAGGCGAGAGCGUUCUUGCAGAACCUGCUGUCCGCCAGCCACGCCAGGCUCCGGGACGACACGGAGCUUCGGAGACGGGCGUUCACUGCCCAGGCUUCAGCUGUGAUGCACCUGCCGGCUGCCAUAGGUGACUACACGGACUUCUACUCGUCCCGGCAGCAUGCCACCAACGUGGGGAUCAUGUUCCGCGGCAAGGAGAACGCGCUGAUGCCUAACUGGCUGCACAUUCCCGUUGGCUACCACGGCCGCGCCUCCUCCGUCGUCGUGUCCGGCACCCCGAUCCGCAGGCCCAUGGGCCAGAUGAGCCCCGACGACUCUAAGCCGCCCGUCUACGGCGCCUGCAGGCUCUUGGACUUGGAGCUGGAGAUGGCUUUCUUUGUAGGCCCUGGGAACAACUUUGGAGAGCCGAUCCCCAUUUCCAGGGCCCAUGAGCACAUUUUUGGAAUGGUCCUUAUGAACGACUGGAGUGCUCGGGACAUUCAGAAGUGGGAGUAUGUCCCUCUUGGGCCGUUCCUCGGGAAGAGUUUUGGAACCACCAUCUCCCCGUGGGUGGUGCCCAUGGAGGCCCUCAUGCCGUUCGUCGUGCCCAACCCGGAGCAGGACCCCAAGCCCCUCCCGUAUCUGCGCCACGACCGGCCCUACACGUUCGACAUCAGCCUCUCCGUCGCCCUGAAAGGAGAAGGAAUGAGCCGGGCAGCCACGGUGUGCAAGUCCAAUUUUAAGCACAUGUAUUGGACAAUGCUCCAGCAGCUGACCCACCACACCGUCAACGGCUGCAACCUGCGCCCUGGGGACCUGCUGGCUUCUGGAACCAUCAGCGGGCCGGAGCCGGAGAGCUUCGGGUCCCUGCUGGAGCUGUCGUGGAGGGGAACAAAGGCCAUUGACCUGGGGGACGGACACACCAGGAAGUUUCUACUGGACGGCGACGAAGUCAUCAUAACAGGUGAGGACGGCCCCUCCGUCUGAUCUCAUCCCCGCUCUGGCUUUCCCAGGCCACGUCUGCUUCUCGUGACCUUGCCCCCAGCCCCGGGGCACUGGGGACUUUAAACCUCAGAUCCCGGGACCGGAAAGACCCCGGGAGUCCCACUCUGCCUCCCUUCCUCCUGAGCAGAACUGGGGAGCAGUGGCAGGCCCCCGCGGGGUUCUGGGCUUUCCAGUGCCGGGACCCCGUGUCCUGUGACCCGGCUGAGCCAGGCCGCUCUGCCCGCCAGAUGUUAGCACUCGAGGGGAAGGCCCCGCGAUGGCCAGCAGUGCCCUCUGUCCCGAGUGCACCCCAGGUC